UUCAGCAUUGUCGCUCAAACUCAGUUCCUACUUCCGCUUCAGUCCUCCCUUUCCGGUUAGGCACGAGCGGCGUGAGGCGAGGAUCGCAGGCUCUCGGGUUCCUGUUUACACUGCGUAGACCCUAUCUCUGCAAAGAUGGUCAAUGUACCCAAAACCCGAAGAACGUUCUGUAAGAAGUGCGGCAAGCAUCAACUUCACAAAGUGACCCAGUAUAAGAAGGGCAAGGAUUCCCUGUACGCGCAAGGAAAGAGGCGCUAUGAUCGGAAGCAGAGUGGCUAUGGUGGGCAGACAAAGCCAAUUUUCCGGAAGAAGGCGAAAACCACAAAGAAGAUCGUGCUGAGACUUGAAUGCGUUGAGCCUAACUGCAGGUCCAAGAGGUUGCUGGCCAUUAAAAGAUGCAAGCAUUUUGAACUGGGAGGUGAUAAGAAGAGAAAGGGCCAAGUGAUCCAGUUCUAAGCCUUGUUUUAUCUUGUAAAUUUGAAAAAGUGUUAAAUCAAUAUUAGAAUUAUCUGUAAGAAAAUAUAGUUAUUCUUACUCGAAA